AGUCAUACUGUGUGUGUGUGUGGUUGUUACCUACAAGAAAAGUAAUCGAUUCUCAUACAUUAUCUCUUCAUUAUUGAAUGGCGAUAUCUAGAAACAAUUGAUACAACAGGAUGAAAAAAUUCACCUCAUCAUGUGUCAAAAUGCCAAUCCUCCCUUUUCUCUCCUUCCUCUUUCUGAUCUUUGCAAACUCUCAGUCUCACUCUUUGAUGUAUGAUGAAGAGCAUGCAGUCCUAUUGAAGAUAAAACAAUACCUGCAAAAUCCACCGUUCCUCAAUCACUGGAUCCCAUCAAACUCCUCACAUUGCACUUGGCCGGAGAUCACAUGCAUCAAUGGCUCAGUCACUUCACUGACUAUGUUCAACACCAACAUCACUCAAACACUGCCACAUUUCCUAUGUGACCUCAAAAACCUCACACAUGUAGAUUUUCAGUUUAAUUUCCUUCCUGGGGAGUUCCCGAAAUCUCUCUACAACUGCUCCAAGCUUGAGUACCUUGACCUCUCACAGAACCUCUUUGUUGGUAAGAUUCCUGAUGACAUUGACCACUUGGCUGGCUUGCGUUUUCUUAGCCUUGGUGGCAACAACUUCUCUGGUGAUAUUCCAGCCAGCAUAGGGAGGUUGAAGGAGCUACGAAGCCUUCAACUUUAUCAGAGUCUUUUCAAUGGUACUUUCCCUGCUGAAAUUGGGAAUUUGUCCAACCUUGAGUUGUUGUAUGUGUUCUCAAACCACAUGUUCCCUCCUACAAAGUUUCCAUCAAGCUUGACCCAGUUGAAUAAAUUGAAGAUUUUUGAUAUGCAUGAAUCCAACUUGGUAGGGGAAAUCCCCGAAACCAUUGGAAACAUGGUGGCAUUGGAGGAAUUGGAUUUGUCAGUAAAUGGUUUGAGUGGAGAAAUUCCCAAAAGUUUGUUCAUGCUGAAAAAUCUGAGCAAACUAUAUAUUUACAAGAACAGCCUCUCUGGGGACAUACCCGAAGUGGUUGAAGCAUUCAACUUGACAGAAAUUGAUCUUUCAUACAAUAAUCUUAGUGGGAAAAUACCAGAUGAUUUGGGAAAGCUCAGCAAGUUAAUAUUCUUGUCUUUGUCUACGAACCAAUUAUCAGGGAAGGUACCAGAAAGCAUUGGUAGUCUGCCAGCUCUGACCGAUUUUGUUGUUUUUCACAACAAUUUAUCAGGCACUCUUCCACCAGAUUUCGGUCGGAUCUCAAAGCUUGAAACUUUUCAGGUUGCAUCUAAUAGUUUCACAGGAAGUUUGCCAGAGAACUUGUGCUACCAUGGAAGGUUAGUUGGUUUAACUGCUUUCGACAAUAACCUGAGUGGGGAGUUGCCAGAAUCUUUAGGAAGUUGCAGUAGCCUGCAAAUUCUGAGGGUUGAAAACAAUGAACUUUCUGGCAACAUUCCUAGUGGUCUAUGGACAUCUUUUAACUUAUCGACCAUUAAGAUAAACGAAAACAAGUUCACUGGUCAGCUUCCUGAAAGAUUGUCUGAGAAUCUCAGAGACAUAGGCAUAAGUUACAAUCAGUUUUCUGGUAGAAUUCCACAUGGAGUGUCUUCCUGGAAGAAUAUUGUGGAAUUUAAUGCCAGUAACAACCUCUUCAAUGGUAGUAUUCCACCGGAGCUAACAUCUCUUCCUGACCUAACAAUUCUUCUGCUUGAUCAUAACCAGUUCACAGGACCACUUCCUUCAGAUAUAAUAUCAUGGAAGUCCCUGAUAAAUCUAGAUUUGAGCCACAAUGAACUCUCUGGAGAAAUCCCCCUUGCAAUUGCUCAGUUGCCUGCCCUUAAUAUUUUGGAUUUAUCAGAGAACAGAAUAUCUGGCCAAAUUCCACAUCAACUAGCUCUUAUGAGACCCACAAAUAUCAAUCUGUCCUCCAAUAGUUUGGUAGGAAGGAUUCCAAGUGAACUUGAAAAUCUUGUUUAUGCUAGGAGCUUUUUGAACAAUCCUGGUCUCUGUGCUGACACUCCAGUACUAAACCUUAUCUUGUGCAAUUCCAGGCCUCAAAGGGCAAGAAUUGAUAGAAGAUAUGCAUCUCAUGUUAUAAUCAUAAGCCUGGUGUUAGCAGCCUCCUUGCUGGCUUUGUUGUCAUUAUUUUUGAUGAUCAGAGUUUACAGAAAAAGAAAGCAGGAACUGAAAAGGUCAUGGAAGCUUACUUCCUUUCAAAGGCUCAGUUUCACAAAAGGAAAUAUCGUAUCCUCAAUGUCAGAACACAAUAUUAUUGGCAGUGGUGGGUAUGGUGCAGUGUAUCGUGUCGCUGUUGGUGAUACAGACUAUGUCGCAGUGAAGAAGAUACUCAGUAACAGAAAGUUAGAGGAGAAGCUUGUAAGUUCAUUUCUUGCAGAAGUUGAGAUACUGAGCAAUAUUCGUCAUAACAACAUUGUGAAGUUGCUAUGCUGCGUCUCCAAAGAGGAUUCUCUUCUCCUUGUCUACGAGUAUCUUGAAAACCAUAGCCUUGAUAGAUGGCUGCACAACAAAAGUAAGCAGACAGCUUCAGGUUCAGUCCUUGACUGGCCAAAGAGAUUACAUAUAGCCAUUGGAGCUGCUCAAGGUUUGUGCUAUAUGCAUCAUGACUGCUUACCACCUGUUGUUCAUCGUGAUGUGAAAACAAGUAACAUCCUGCUGGAUUCUAAAUUCAAUGCCAAAGUUGCUGAUUUUGGUCUAGCCAUGAUGUUGAUUAAGCCAGAAGAACUUGCAACCAUGUCAGCUGUGGCUGGUACAUUUGGCUAUAUUGCUCCAGAAUAUGCUCAAACAACAAGGGUCAAUGAGAAGAUAGAUGUCUACAGCUUUGGAGUAGUCCUAUUGGAACUGACAACAGGAAAAGAAGCUAAUCAUGGAGAUGAGUACUCAUCUCUGGCAGAAUGGGCGUGGCGCCACAUUCAGAUAGGAGCAGAUGUAGAAGAUAUUUUGGACAAAGAAAUUAAGGAAGCUUGUUACAUGGAUGAAAUCUGCAACAUCUUCAAACUUGGGGUGAUGUGCACUGCAACACUUCCAGCUAGUAGACCUUCCAUGAAGGAAGUCCUGAAAAUUUUGCUCUCCUGCAGCAGUCCACUCAGCAUUGGAGACAAGAAUGUUGGCUUCUAUGAUUCUGCUCCACUUCUUAAGAAUUCAAAAUGGGAAAAUAAUAUGGAAUAUUAUACCGAUGAUGAUUGAAUGUUGAUGAAGCUAGGUGGUUUGCAUCCUUGUUCAAGAAUCUUCUUAUCUGUCUGAUAAACUUUAACCAAAUGGCUAGUUUUGAAGUCCGAAAAUAAGACAAUGGAAGUAGUAGAUAGAGUAAAGUAAUUAGAUAGAGUAGAACAUAUAUAGGUUCAGAUUCAGCUCAGGUCAUGGAUUACUGUAAUUGAAGUACUUUUCUAAGAUCUUCAUUUUCCAUUUUCUGAAGAAAAAUAUCCGCAAGGUUUUCUUCA